CUUGCUGGGUCACUCCAGAUCCUACAGUGGCUCAGAGCUGCACACAGAUGUGCAGCAGGUAGGUCACCGGAGCCAAGAACGUUCCCUCAAAGCCAGCUGCAGCAGCGUUGAGGGGCCUCCCCGUGUCGAGCGGUUACAGUGCACGUGACAGAGCCAAACAGGUGGCUUCGCACAUUUACUCACAAAGCACAGCCUUGUUCUGUGGGGUGGCGGGCGCACGGCCCUCACACAGGAAGCUGCGCGUAGGAACACUGUGUUCACACUUCCCCAGCUGCACGCUCAGGACCAGGGACCCCACCCCCAGGCGCGGGGCGCACACUAUUCGCACAAGUGGGCCAUAAGGCCCCGCAGUCGCAUACACUGGACACCCAGCCUGACCCUCGGCCACAUCCGCGUCGCCCGGACGAUCUCGCCAGGCGGGCACACGCCGGGCACACGUGCCGUGAGUACACGCGCGCUCGCGGCGGUUCUCACACCCCCGCAUUUCCCGUCCCCGCUUGUUUUUCUGGAAACUGUUCUCUCUUCUCCCCCCAAGCCGGAAGCGCUCGUGGUAUUUUUAGGCUCUCCGGUUUCCGCCCCUUUCCCUCCCCCCACCCUCACCCGCCCGCCUCCGACCAGGCUGAUGCGCCCUGCCUGGGACCCCGGCGUACCCUCCCCACCGUCAUUCCAGAGGGGAUUCCCGGCCGCCGCUGGAGCCGCGGGUUUUCCCGCUGGCUAUAUGGGGAACUGGGAGGAGUCCGGCCAGAGAACUUCCUCCUGGCCUGGGGCGCCUGAGGCGGGGGAGGGGGACCCUGAUCCCGGGUCUGGGGGAGGACGGGCUGGUGUCUGGACCCCCAGGGUCGAAGGAGUCUCCAGUGUUCUAGGAGGACGGGCCGAGGCCUUGCUUCCGGAGUCCCACUCGUCCGGCUCGGGUGGUGGCGGUGAGGGGGGUCGGUCCACACGCUAAGCCCCCCAACCCCUUCAGGAGUGGCCGGCCCAGUCCCAGGCGUCCAGGCUCACACGUCCCGAUGACUCAGCAGAUGGGAGAGGGGAGGGGGCCGGGCUGAGUCAGGGAUGGGAAAGGCUACGUCUCCAGGGAAUCGAAACUGGAAUCUCUGGGAUCGAACCGAGCUCCCAGCCGGGCCCAGAGGACUCCAGCUGCACCCCCACCCUAGUCCUAAGAAUGACACUGGGUGUCCGGGGGGAGGCGGGGCCCCGGGCCCCUCCCCCCUUUUCCUGCUGUCCUCGAGGCUUUGUUUACAGCAGACUGGAGCCCUGGUUACAGGAGAGGAACCCGGGCGUCCGGGCUGAGGCUCCUCGUCACGGCUUCCAGGAAGCCCUCCUCCCCCGCCCCUCGCGAAUGAGUCACCCGCGAGCGGGAGGCCGCAACCGUGCCAAAGCCGCCGCGGCCCGCCCAGCUCACGGGACCGGCCCAGGAAGGCCCCUUGGCCCCAGAAAGCGCCACACCAGGGAUUCCCCUCACUCCCCGUGCUCUGACGACGCAGGUCUGCUUGGCAGGAUCGCCCCACCUCAAUACAAGCCCUCUGCACAGCAUGCAAGAAUGAACUUCUCUUUUAUUGUAACUGCUCCGUGGCAAUGAUUUCUAACUUUUUAGCGAGGGCAGCCACCCCACCGAGACCUUAAAAAAAUUUCUUCUCAGAUACUUUGUUCUGUUCGGUUCUUGUUUUUUCUUUCGUGGAACCGGGGAUCGAACUCAGAACCUUGCACUUUCGAGGCAGGCGCGGUGCCACUGAGCAUUAAAUCCCCGGACCCGUUGUUGUUGUUGUCUUUUUGAGACAGUGGCUCCCUGAGCAGUUCAGGCUGGCCUUUAAUUUAGCCUUGUAGUUUAGGCUGGCCUUGAACUCAUGCAAAUAUUCCUGCCUCAGCCUCCCAAAUGCUGGGAUUACAGGUGUGCACCAAUACACCCGGGUUCUUCCAAGAUAUUAAGAGUCUUCACUCAAAGCAACUAAAAGACCUGCCAAUGUGGGGAAUGAUCCUCGAAAAUUUAGCUUGGGCAAGGCAUGUUCCCAUUAUAAGAAACCAUCCAGGGCCAGGGAUUAAGCUCAGUGGUUCCGGCGCCUGCCUUGCAAGUGCAAGGUCCUGAGUUUGAUCCUUGGUACCAAAAAAAAAAAAGAAAGAAACCAUCCAACAUUUGAAGAUGGCCCAGUUUUACCUCAAAAUAGCUUUUGAUUUAGACAAUCCCCCACAAGACCUCUACCUUUCAAAUCUUGAGCUUUUUGGGUCAAACUUCUUAAAACCCUGGCAUAGCUGGGUGAGGUGGCACAUGCCAGCAAUCCUAGCUUUCAGAAGGCUGAGGCAGGAGGAUCUCGAAUUCCAGUCCAGCCUGGGCUACCCAGAGAAACUGUCUCAACCUCCCCACUCUAAAAAAGGCCCUAGUAUAAGACUAUUGCCAUUUACUAGCUGAAACUAGGAGAGUAACUAGAUAACUUGAUUUGAUGGAGAUUUAGAACAAUGCCCACCCCAAAGAAAUCAGAAGGGCUAUUAGGAGCAUUGGGCUAUGGUGGCCCCUUUUUAGCCUUGCCAGAUAGCCCAACCCCACACAAACCCCUAAAAUGGGGAAAAGGAAGGUACCCCAGGUCUCCUGUUCUGCCCCCCCCCCAACCGGGGAUCAAACUCAGGACCUUUCACUUGUGAGUCAGGAGCGGUGCCACUGAGCUAAAUCCCCAGCCCCAAGGUCUUCUGAUCUGCUCCAGGUGAGGUCUUCGGAGAGUGGUCUCCACUCUAGCCUUUUGCCCUUUGCAGAUUUCCACGUCUGACGGUGUUUGUCAGUGUUUUCCUCCUUUUCCUCGUCUCUUCAGUAACCCUCUAGGCCGGCUUCUCCUUUGGAAUUUGUCUCUCUGGGACCGUCACCUGUCUCCCCGCCCUCCCCCCUUCUCACCCUGUCUCUCCCUGUGUCUAUCUCUCGCUGCGUCUCUGUUUUUCUGUCUCUCGCCAUAUCUCGGUUUCAUCCAGCUUAUCUCUCCCCGCCCCCGUCUGUCUUCCACGCGCACCCUGUUGGCCUCUGCCCUAGUCAAUGACUCCCGCAGCCCUGCCCCCACCUAUGUCCCAGUUCCCUGACCAGUCAAUGUCUAACCUUGAAAGCUGGGCAAAUGCCUCUACCCUACUCACUACCCGCCCGUUCGCGGCUGCCCGCGGGCCAAGUUCAGGGAAUCCUUGCCGGGGGCGGGAGGAAGGGGACUGGUUGGAAGGCUGCCGGGCUCUGUCGCGGGCGCCGUCCGGGAAGCGCCUUGGCCCCGCCCCGCCCCCUCUGGCCCAGCCUCCGCAGGCCCGCCCCCAGCUGACCUAUAAGAAGCGGGCUCUCGCUACCUUCUGUAGCUGUACUUCAGCGCUCCGACUUUCGGCCCGCUUUUCCUGGCCAUCCGCGCCGCCAUGGAUCUCACUGCCAUCUAUGAGAGCCUCCUGUCGCUGAGCCCUGACUUGUCAUCGGACCACGGAGGAACUGAGUCUUCGGGAAUCUGGAGCCUGAACUCACCUGACUCUGGCCCCUCUGGGGUCACCUCCCGCCUGCCUGGCCGCUCCACCAGCCUAGUGGAGGGCCGUAGCGGUGUCUGGGUACCCCCACCCCCUGGCUUCGCACCCCUGGCUCCCCGCCCAGGCCCUGAGCUGUCACCCUCACCCACCUCGCCUACUAUGACCCCUACCACCUCUCGCUACAAGACUGAGCUCUGUCGGACCUUCUCCGAGAGUGGGCGCUGCCGCUACGGGGCGAAGUGCCAGUUUGCCCAUGGCAGGGGUGAGCUGCGCCAGGCCAGUCGCCACCCCAAGUACAAGACGGAACUCUGCCACAAGUUCUACCUCCAGGGCCGCUGCCCCUAUGGCUCACGCUGUCACUUCAUCCACAACCCCAGUGAGGACCAGGCUGUCCUUGGCCACCCUCCACACGUGCUACGCCAGAGCAUCAGCUUCUCUGGCCUGCCCUCAGGCCGCCGAACCUCACCGCCUCCACCAGGCCUGACAGGCCCUUCUCUGUCCUCAUGUUCCUUUUCGCCCUCCAGUUCCCCACCACCACCUGCAGCUGACUUUCUACUUUCACCCUCUGCCUUCUCUGCUGCCCCUGGGACCCCUGUGGCAAGGAAGGAACCCACCCCAGCCUGCUGCCCCUCUUGCCGAAGGGCCCCUCCGGGCAGCAUCUGGGGGCUGGCUCGAAGCCCCUCUGCACACUCCUUGGGAUCUGAUCCUGAUGAAUACGCCAGCAGUGGCAGCAGCCUGGGGGGAUCAGACUCACCUGUCUUUGAGGCUGGGGUCUUUACACCCCAGCCUGCUUCAGCCCCAAGGCGGCUCCCCAUCUUCAAUCGCAUCUCUGUUUCUGAGUGACAAGUGCCCACUUAGAGCAGACCAGCUGGAUCUCAAGGGGGAGACACUUGUUGGGACCCGGGGGACUCCCGAUGUAAUCAGGUGGCCCUCCCCCCACAUUCCAAAAUGCAUUAACCCAUUCCCCUGAUAACACACUGGGGCAGGCCCCCAGUGUGCAAGCCCAGUCAGUGUUCAUGGUGUGGGGGUGGGGUGUUUUCUGAGCUUCUUAAGAUGUAGCAUGUUUGAGGGGCCCGGGGAGCUCUGGCCCCUGGCCAACCCUGUCUCCUGGAAUCUUACGCGCUGUGAAUAGUAGGCCCCUUCCCACUUUUUCCUAGACCUGAGUUUCCAGUGUCUGGUGAUUGGAGCCUCCCCUGAGGGAGAAUCCUGGUGCUCAAAUUUCCCUCCACAAGCAAGUAGCCAAAGCCAUUGCCAAGUCCCAACUCCCAAACAGUGGGCCCUUUAUUUAUGACGACUUUAUUUAUUCUAAUAAGAUUUUAUAGUAUUUAUAUAUAUUAAGUCGUCUGCUUCCCCUGUAUUUUUCUUCUUUUUGUAAUAUUAGAAACGAUGGUAUAAUUAUUGUAAGUUACUAUAAUAUAUUAAUAUAUAGUUACCUCAAAAAUUAUUUUUGUUUUUGAAAUUUUUAAAUAAACAAUCUGCGUGUAAAA